AUGAUACCAAUGAGGAUUCUCUGCAUGUUUCUGUGCCUCCGCAUAGCCUGGGCACAGGCGGGCGAGAGCGCCUUCGAGAAGGAGGGCGGCGGGGUGCGCGGCCCCCGCGUGUCUCUGCCGAUGGCGCCGGCCGCCUGCCGCAGCGACAAGAGCUGGCCCAUCUGCGCCGAUGACGACUGGGGCACAAAAUGCCCAUCCGGCUGCAGAAUGCAAGGACUCAUCGAUGAGACUGACCAGGAUUAUAGUCACAGAAUAGACAAAAUUAAGAAGCUGCUUGCAGAUAACCAGAACAACUACAAAACAUCUAAUCGGGUAAUUGUGGAAACCAUAAACGUACUAAAACCAAACCUGGAAAGUGCCCUGCAGCUUGAUGAGAAUUAUGGUCGUGUGUCAGCAGAACUGAGAAGGAGAAUUGUGACAUUAAAGCAGAGAGUUGUCACCCAAGUAAACAGAAUUAAAGCUCUGCAAAACAGCAUCCACGAUCAGGUGACAGAGAUGAAGCGCUUGGAGGUGGACAUUGAUAUUAAGAUACGAGCUUGCAAAGGAUCUUGUGCUAAAAGUUUUGAUUACCAUGUGGACAAAGAAACCUAUGACAACAUCCAGAAGCAGCUUACCCAGGCCAACUCCAUCGACUUACACCCAGAGAUUCAAACGACUACUCUGAGCAUUCUGAAAAUGAGGCCAAUAAAGGACGUAGAUGUUCCUGAGCAUUUUAAGCAUAAGCCUCUACCAGAAAUGCAAGCUCUGAACUUUAUUAAUGACAUCAGGCAGGUGGAAAUGACAUUAGAAAGAUCAGAAACAGACGCAAGUCCCUCCCGAGGCGAUAGUGCGCAUCACACAGCACCAUCCAGGGGAGAUGGACCUUCAUACCCUAGCGCAGUAGUCCCUUCUGUGCACGGGAGAGACAGCCCUAGUCUGGGACAUGGAACCUCCACUGUCCAUAGAUGCACCACCAGUGUCACUAGGAAAAUUGUCAGUGGCCCCGAUGGCCCUAGAGAAGAAGUAGUUGAAAAACUAGUUUCUUCUGAUGGCUCAGACUGCUCCCAUUUACAAGGAAUGGGAGAAUUUGAAAGGGAAGGGAGUUGGCACCAUGUUAGUGAAUUACACAAGCUUUAUCCUGAGCUAGGGUCGUUUUUUGCCCCUGGGUCUUCAGUUACUACUACUAAGCUUACUGGUGGGUCUGCCAGCACUUCAUCUGGCAGCUAUGGAACUGGCACAGCCAGUGGUCACUUAGGUAGUGGAACAACUAGUCAUUCAGGGGGAAAAGACAGAUUUACAGACAUAGGAGAAGAGGAAGAUGAUGAUUUUGGAAGACUUCACCUUCAACCUGGAUUCUCAUCAAGCAGCGCAAGUCACUCCAAAGUAGUGACCAGCUCCUCUUCUAGUUUCAACAAAGGAGGCUCCACUUUUGAAACCAAAUCACUAAAGACCCGUGAUGUAACUAAGGAGCUAGGUGGGGUGCAGCAUGAUGAGAGUGCAGAGGAUAUGCCAGACUUGCGGGCCCGCAGCUUCAGACACAGAGAAAUAACUCAAAGGACAGUCGACACUGGGAAAGACUGUGAUGAUAUCCGCCAGAAACACACUUUUGGUGACAAAAGUGGCAUUUUCAAAAUCAAGCCAGCGGGAUCCAAUAAGGUUUUGUCAGUUUAUUGCGACCAAGAGACCACCUUGGGAGGAUGGCUAUUGAUCCAACAGAGAAUGGAUGGAUCAGUGAAUUUUAACCGGACCUGGCAAGACUACAAGAGAGGUUUUGGAAGCGUGGAUGGCCAAGGUCGAGGAGAAUACUGGCUGGGCAAUGAAUACUUACACUUGCUAACUCAGAACAAGACUGUCCUUCGUGUAGAGUUGGAGGACUGGGAUGGAAAUGCUGUGUAUGCAGAGUACAUCCUACAGGUAGGGUCUGAGUCGGAGGGCUACCCUCUUGCUGUGUCCUCCUACGAGGGGACUGCCGGGGACGCGCUCAUCGCCGGCUGGCUGGAGGAGGGCACCCAAUACACGUCCCAUGCCCAGAUGCGCUUCAGCACCUUUGACAGGGACCAGGACCGCUGGGAGGAGAGCUGCGCAGAGGUGUACGGGGGCGGCUGGUGGUACAACAGCUGCCAGGCGGCCAACCUCAACGGCAUUUACUACCUGGGCGGCCACUACGAUCCCAGAUACAAUGCUCCCUACGAGAUCGAAAAUGGGGUGGUCUGGAUGCCGUUUAGAGCCUCUGAUUAUUCCCUCAAGGUUGUUAGGAUGAAAAUCAGGCCCACAGAAACCCUGUAGAAAGGCAGACUUUUAAUAUAUAUGUUAAGACUACAAGAUUAGAAGCCCUUUUAUAUAUAUGG